AUGGAAAUCAGGUGGAGUGAGCUGCCCGCCUCGGGAAGGACCAUCAUAUCCCUGGGACCCGUGGCUGGGACCCGGGGCUGGAGCCGCGGCUACACUGUCGUGUUGGGGACCCUGGACACUGUAGCUCGUUCAGGGAAGCGAGGCAGGAGCCGCUACAUUUUAUAUCUGGGGACCGGGCAGGGGCUGCUACAUGUUCCGGUCAAGGGGACUCGGCAGCCCACCCCGGCCUUGGGGAGUCACCCCGGAGUCGCCGAGAGGGCAGCCCAGGAGAGGGACCAGAAUGACCGGGGCACAGGCCUCCGUCGUGGGCCCCAGCGGCACAAGGGGGGGCCUGAUGCAGACCCACGCCCCGAGGACCCCUCUCACAUGCCCCAGGACCCUUCGCACGCCUCCGGCGCCCUCACUCCGCAGCCCUGCCAUCACACGCGUGCGAGCACUGUCCCUCAGACACUUCCUGAGCUCACAGCCCAGACCCCCCCCCCCCGCCAGGGAACUCGCUGUCCUGCCCACCCGCCCACCCUCCAUGCUCAGAAGACCUGCGGCACCCCAAGCUGUGGGGCCACACCCGGCCACCCUCUAGCUAGCCAUGCCAUGCCAUGCGGCUGUACUCGGGGCACCCGUGACUCAGUUCCUCCACUGACAUGCCAGCAGGAGGGCAGGAGUCACAGGGUCUCAGGUGCCCCAAGCCCUGGAGAAGUCCUUAUCCCUGCCAGCCUGCCUGGAGCGCCGCAGGAGCAGCUUCAGACACCGACUCCAAAGAGGAGGGUCCCCGCCAAGCCAGCCACCGCGGGAACAGAGUGGGUGGGAGAAUCCGGCGCGGUGUGGGGCGCAGGUGACCGCUCCCCAACCUUCCCUGCCCCAGGGCAGCGGAAGAUGCCAAGGUGCAAUUUGUGGGCCCUCGGCGUGGCCGGCGACGGGGCUGGCCGGGCCAGCGAGCGCCAGGGAGGGGCGGAUGGGGCGAGGGGCGGUUACCUGGGACCCCGGGGCUCCUGGCUGCCCGGCCCGGCCCGGCCCGUCCGCCGACGGCAGCUGCCCCGUGCCCCGCCCGCGGCUCGGACCGGGCGUCCCCGCGCCUCACCUGGCCCGACUCACCUGGAAGGCGCCGCGCAGGGGCGGGGCGGGACACUCUGA